AACGAGUGAAGUCGUGUGUGAGGCAAAGUCUGGACAUGGCGGCUCCUGGGCCAGCGCUCUGCCUCUUCGACGUGGACGGCACCCUGACGCCACCACGGCAGAAAAUUACCAAAGAAAUGGAUGACUUUGUACAGAAAUUGAGGCAGAAGAUCAAAAUCGGAGUAGUAGGCGGGUCGGACUUUGAGAAAGUGCAGGAACAACUGGGAAAUGAUGUGGUUGAAAAAUAUGAUUAUGUGUUUCCAGAAAAUGGCUUGGUAGCGUACAAAGACGGGAAACUCUUGUGUAAACAGAGUAUUCAAAGUCACCUGGGUGAAGCCCUAAUCCAAGAUUUAAUCAACUACUGUCUGAGCUACAUUUCGAAAAUUAAGCUCCCAAAGAAGAGGGGUACUUUCAUUGAAUUCCGAAACGGGAUGUUAAAUGUGUCCCCUAUUGGGAGAAACUGCAGCCAAGAAGAACGCAUUGAGUUCUAUGAACUUGAUAAAAAAGAAAAUAUAAGACAGAAAUUUGUAGCGGAUCUGCAGAAAGAGUUUGCAGGAAAAGGCCUCACGUUUUCCAUAGGAGGCCAGAUCAGCCUCGAUGUCUUUCCUGAUGGAUGGGACAAGAGGUAUUGCCUGGGACAUGUGGAGAAGGACGGCUAUAAGACCAUUUAUUUCUUCGGAGACAAAACUAUGCCAGGUGGCAAUGACCAUGAGAUCUUCAUAGACCCGAGGACCGUGGGCUACACGGUGACGACGCCCGAGGACACACGCAGGAUCUGUGAGGAGCUCUUCUCCUAACCGGCCCUGCCCGGGGGGAGCGGGGGAGGCCCAGCCAGCAAGCCUGAAAAGGCCGUUUUGUGGC